AUGAACAUCGCCCAUGAAGCACUGGCUAAAGAACUGUCGUGUCCCGUAUGCCUGGAGCUGUUCACCCCACCUGUGCUCGAACUGCCCUGUGGCCACAACUACUGCAAACAAUGCAUCGAGGCAACCCUCUUCUCUCAGAACUGCACCCAUGUGAACGGUCACUUCUUUUGCCCCAUGUGUAGAAAACUCACCUACCUGCGUGGAAAAGGGAUCGGCAUUUUAAAACGAAACAUUUUUGCAGAAAAUGUGCUGGACAAGUUUAAGCAAGAGUUGGAGAUUAUCUGCAGCAAGGAACUGAGCCAGCAAACUCAAAUGUGUGAGAAGCAUGAAGAGGAACUCAUGAAUCUGAUGUGCUUACACGAUGACACACCCAUAUGCAGCAUCUGCAAGCUAUUUGGAGACCACAAAUGUCACAACGUUGCUAAGCUCUCUGAUGUUUACCAACAAAGGAAGAAAUGUUUCACUGAAGAUAUGAAGUCUCUUCACAUGAGAAGUGAGAGCACAUCAGGAACCAUCCAGGAGAUUCAGAAGCUAAUAACUGACACAGUGUCUGCCUGCAAAGACACAAAGACUAUGAUCGACGCUGUAGGGGCUAGCCUGCUGACUGAACUGAAGUCUAAAAUUAAUAUGUUGAAGAUGAAAGUGGAGAGUGAGAGAGUCCAGAAGAUUGAGAAGCUGCAGGAGAUUUUAGCUGCUCUCCACGGUCCGACCCAGCUAUACCUACAGAUGAAGCGGUUACUGGACUCCCAUUUGAACCCUGUGCACUUCCUCAAGGAAGACAAGCAGCUUCGGGGAGAGGUAGCCAGAAUCGCCCAGCAGGAUGUCCUUCUCCAAAUCCCCAAGGAAGGCAGUAUCUCAGUCUCACAGUACUUCAAAGAACUGGUCAAGGGCAUCGAUAUGAAGGACUUUGUCUCCUCGGAGACAAACAACCUGCUGCUAAAGAGCGCAGAGGAGCAUAAUGCCUGGAUGUCAAGCUGCUCAAACCUAAAUGUUCCCUCGGCAGAGGCUCUGGAUGAGAUCAUCCACAAAAUUAUAUUGAGUUUGGGCUUUAAAAGCAAAGAGGCAGACACAAGUUAUGAUGAAUAUGACUCAUUCCUAUCCACCUCCAGUACAUCCAGCUGCCUCGAUACAGCCCAGGAGAUGGAGGUGCUGCCACUGGACAGGAUAGACAUAUAA